GGGGAAUAAUUCUACUAUUGUGAAGCUUCCAUGUUGUUGUAAAUGUCGAAAGUUACCAGCAAGCCGGUAAAUCUCGGGGGAGAUUUAAACCAAGGAGUUAAAUCAACAAGGACGAAAGUGGACAGUCAUACUGCUCGAGUGAAAACUCCACAUCACUCUUCUUUUGGAUCUUACUCACUCUGCUCAUCAGAGAGACAGAAACAGGCUGGAUGUUUGCCGUCAGAAAGCGGGAAGCGCAGCGAACCUGAGAGAGCACUCCCGCAUUUCCAGUCACCUCGCAUUGUACUCUCACUUUUAGGAGCGCAGACGCUACCGUGACUGAAUAGGGGCACGACUCCGAGGAUGUGGCCAGGCAGCGGCAUGUUUGCAAACUCUGCGUGUGAUUCAUUAGGCUGAGUUUUAAAAGGGAUGUCAGAGAUCCGCGAAGAAGCGUUAAUUUUACAGAAUUACGGGAGCUCUGAUCUCUUUUUCAGAAUUCUUAUAGUCAGUUUCGGAAGUGAGCUGGAGUGCCUCUUUAAAACAUCUUUGCGGGUCACGUGAAGCACUGGUGACAUAGUAAAACACAGCUGCGGCCAGUCAGGUGUGAUGUUUACUAUCAUUCACGGAUCACAAAGCACCAGGUUUGCUCAUUCCAGUCAAAGACGCUCUACCAGUUAAGUGGCGGCGUGAUACUCGGGACGUCCGGCAUUUCUGGAGAUCCAGACGGGCGUGAGGAGCUGCCUGAACCCCCGCUAACCAGACGGCGCUCCUCGCAGAUCCCCAGCUUCCCCCAGUGCGGUUUGGAAACGCGAAUGGCACUGAGCCCAGACUCUCCCGGUUUCCCGGUACGUGACAUGGAGGAAUGAAGUUCGACGGCAUGGAGCUAAAGGUGUGGGUGGAUGGUGUCCAGCGCGUCGUGUGCGGGGUCUCUGAGGUCACCACCUGCCAGGAGGUGGUGGUGGCCUUGGCUCAGGCCAUCGGCCGCACAGGGCGUUACACGCUGACGGAGCGAUGGCGGGGAAUAGAGCGCCCCCUAGCGCCCUUCGAGUGCCCCAUCGCCUCAUUAAACCAGUGGGGCCCGCAUGCGGGAGAUGUGCAGCUGGUGCUACGGCGGACGGGGUCCACAGCGACCGAGCGGCCUGCCUCUGACGGUCCCGCCCACAUCCCGGAGCGCGUCCUGUACCGCCAGAGCCUCCCCCCAUUGGCCAGGCUCCGCCCCCCCACUGAGCGCUCCUUCAGACGCAGGGAGCCCAAGCGCAAAUCCGUGACCAUCAUGAGCGGCGCCCGGGGCUUCUUGGACAUGUUUGGGAGGUCCAGGGAGUCGGAGGCCAAGCAGCACCUCAUGAACCAUAGCAACAGCAUCGCCACGGCGUCAGGGCUGCGGAUCAGCCCGACCCGGGAACUGGCCCACCUGGUGCAGCUGCAGAAGGAGAAGCUGCGGAUGCUGGAGCAGAGGAUCGGGGGUUGCGAGGCGGAGUUGCGUGCCUGGGCGGAGCGCGGCGGCGGAGCCAGUGGGGUGGGCACCUUCAUCAGGCUGCAGGAGGAGGUGCUGGCCAUGCAGCGCAAGGUCCAGAGGAAUGAGGUGGAGAUCAGCGAGGGCGAGUUCUGGGAGAACGAGCUGCAGAUCGAGCAGGAGAACGAGCGGCAACUGCGGGAGCGGCUGCAGGAGCUGCUGCGCCGCACGCAGGACUGCGAGGUGCAGCUGGGCUCCUCACUGGGCCGCAUCCAGGACAUGGAAGCCGGCGUGCAGGCGGAGCGGCUGCAGCAGGAGACGCAGGAGAUGCAGAAGUCGAACGAGGAGGAGGUGCGGGCCAGGGUACUCAAGCUGAAGGUGGAGCUGGAGGCACAGACGCAGCAGGCAUCCAGGCUGGACAGCAGCUGCAGGGCCGUGGAGAGAUCGCUGGGCCAGUCCGCACGCCGGCUGCAGGAGAAGGAGCAGGAGCUGGAGCAGCUGACCAAGGAGCUACGGCAGGUCAAUCUGCAGCAGUUCAUCCAGCAGACGGGCAGCAGAGUCAGCGUUACGCCCAGUGAGAGCAGCGGGGAGCCCGGCCGCGUCAGCCCCGGAGCAGAUGCUGCAACCUCGCUGUGGGGCUCCCUGAAGCGUCCGGCCUCCUCUCAACCUCUAUCCACCAACAACCUACAGGACCAGGAGGGUCACCUGCCCUCUGGCUUCAGCCACGAGGGCAUCUAUGUGUGAGCUGUGGAGCAUAGCCCCCCCCGAGAACCAUAGCCCUUUUGCUGAAUAGGUCCAUGCUGAGGAGGCAAAUGACUUCCUAUUGGAUGAAGCAAAUCACCGUCUUCUGGGAAGGAUGGAACUAACCAGUCACACCCUGUGUUUUUAAAUCUGACAGUAACACUGCCCAGGGACAUUUAUAGCCUUCAAACAUACCCGUCGCAUCCGGCAUGGAGAACAUGCAGACCAGUGCACCAAGUGUGAGGGCCCAGCACUGCAAGCCAGCUGCAUGUUACUGCAUUGAUUACAUUUCAUGCAGCAUGACUGAGAAGCAUCGAGUCCCUCUGGAGGACUUCCAGCAAUUGACUUUUCACACAUGUAGAUCCUAGUAGAUUAACCAUUUUAGAGAAAACAACUUAUCUGCCUUAAUCCACUAUGACCUACAGAUAUAAUGUCAAGUAAUAAAAGCCUUUGGUUUAGUUUUGCAUUCUAUUUGUGAGCAAUGUACUUGACCCCACUCAAGAUUCUAGAACUAUGCAGCAUCAGUAAAUCAAACUAGCAAAAUGUAGGCUAUUGGCUAAUGUGAAGUGUGGUGUUCUUGGAAACACAUUACUCCCCUUCUGUUAAAUUAGUGAUUUUAUGGUGAGGGUAUUGCUACAUAUGUUUCUCUUAAACAAAGCCAAACUUUCUUUGUUGGACUGCAUGAGUACAUUAUGUUCCUGAUGGAUGUUUAUAUUUACUUUACAUUUGCUCAGCUGAUUUUCUAAAGCAGGACUAUUAUUGUCCGUACCUGAGCAUCUCGAUCUCAGAUAGAGGUAAAUCCAGGCUGGGCCAGCAGGGGGCAGCACAGAACCAGUACAUUUUCUUAAAGGCUGGGCUUUCUACGACCGGUGCAGCGGAGGAGAACGGAAACAGCUUCUCCCAGUUCAGUCUCUCAUGGCAACAGAGAUCACAAUACAGGUAGAAAAGAUAUAUAUGUACAGUGUUUUAAUAUGUGCAUUCGAGUCAAUUUGUAAUUACUGUUUUAACUGCCUGACACCCGGGCCAUCAAUUGAAAAAGCAAAGUGCUUUUCCACAACUUUAUAUCCCUUUUCUUAGGGCUCUAGUUUUAAAAGCAAGACUUAAACGAAAGACGGGUCACCGUGCAUGCGGCACGAGCCACAGGGAACACGGUCUGCACUGAUCUCUAUGCAUUUCCUCGACACUUUGAUGCACUACUUAUAAUGAAAACCCUGUAUUCUUCGCUUCUCCUUCUGCUAUAUUCAACUGUUUUAAAUAAAGAUUUCUUUUUUAUUACCACCUUUGUUCAACAUAAAUACAAAUUCCUUUUUUCUUU